AUGUGUCCUCCAGCAGGCUGCAAGCACAGCCAACAAAACAAGCUGUUGGUGGUGUCUGAUACUGUAUUUCAAGAAAGACUUUUUCUGAGGAGCAGUGGAUUGCUCCUCUGUGCAACACUCGGAUAUUGCCCUUUUGCUGUUCUGAGUCACAGUGCUUUACUUCCAUUUGGUUUCUAUGCUGUUAAUUUGCAAGCACAAAAACAUCUUAGGAGGUUGAACUUCUCAGUGAGUUUGAUUUUAACAGAAGCCUGUAAACCACUUACUGCAGAUAAGGUGUCCUUCUGAAGGAAAAUAGCACUCAGAGGACCCAAGUCUGAGGAGCUGCCUGCACCCUCACUUAUGUCACAGCAUUGGCAUGAAGAACUUGAGACCUCCCAGCUUUUCUUCAGGGAGCUCUUCAUGCUCCAGAAUGUCUACCAUGCUCAUGUGGAUGCCAUUCAAGGAGCCAUUUCCCUUCCAGCAGACAGAUCUCUCCUGUGGACUGACCUCCACUGCCUGGGAGACCUCUUGGCCUUGGCCUUAGCCUGGUGCUACCUACUCAACACCUGUGGUCAGGACCUCUCCUUGAAGAACAGCAGUGAGACCAUCCACCUGCUGGAGGGCCUUGAGGGCAAGAACAUCACACCCAGUGGUGUGCUGCCACCUCCCCACAUCACCACCUGCACCAAAUACGUGCGCAGGGAGCAAUUUUACUCUUCCUUUUCUUUCAUGCCAUGGACGUUUGUGUGCAAGACACCCCCACCACAAAACCUGAUCAUCUAUUUUGGCUCUGUGUAUGUGGCUGUCACCUGUCUCUUUGUGCUGCAGAACCAGCAUGCUCUCCAUCUGCUGGACACCAACAGCCCCGAGGGGCACUUCUGGGUGAUGCCCUGCAGGAUUCCAGGUGAGCACGCUUUCACUUGUUUCUUCUGGGGAUAUACUCACUUCUGCUUGUUUCACACAUGGACAAAGCUGGAGAGGGACUUCUUUCAAGAGUAUGCAGUGUACUGCACUGUGCAGCUCACUUAG